AUGAGAUCAAACGAUGCCACUGAAAACUUCAGUCAGGAAAGAUGUAUUGGACAUGAUGGAUUUGGUGCUGUCUACAAAGGAGAACUCUCUGCACGUUGGCAAAACCGCACAGCUGCUGUCAAACAGCUAGGUCCGGACAGCUACCAAGGAGAGCGCGAGUUCCGCAACGAGCUUCAUAUGAUCUCCAGAUUCAACCAUGAAAACAUCAUACCUUUCAUCGGUUACUGUAACGAUGGUGUUGAGAUGAUUAUAGUUUAUGAGUUUGCUACGGAUGGAAGUUUUGAUUAUCAGGGGCGGAACACAAACACUAUAAGGAACACAAACACUAUAAGUGGGAGGCCGAAAUUAAAACUUCAAAACCAAACCAUAUAG